UCAAAACACGGGUUUCGCUCUCUCGAGGCCACGAUCGCCGUCUCUCCACCACCAAUUCCGACAAAACUUCAGGCGCAAAAAGGAGAAAUUCCAUCUCCUCCUUCUUUGAUCCGCCAGCCUCCACAGCAGCAUCGCUUUCAAUCCAAUUUCGUCCAAAUCGAGAAUGGCCAGCGUGAGGAGGUCCCUCGUGGGCGCGCACAGGAUCUUCAGGUGCGCCGCCGCCGCCGCCGCGUCCCGCCGGAGCUCGGUCGUCGCUUGGCCUCCGAGCUGCUCCGAGGCCCCCCUUCUUCUCAGGCCUCAGAAUGGGUGGGUCUCGCGCUUUUCUAGCGGCGGUGACGGCGAUCGGUUCCUGGGCGUUGAUUUCUCCGAUGAAGAGAGCAAGAGGCGAUUGUGCAACAGGUUGUUGUACAGGAGCAGGCAGAGAGGAUAUCUGGAGCUGGAUCUGGUGUUGGGGCAAUGGGUGGAGGAUAAUAUUUAUUCCAUGGAUGUCGAUGGGAUUAAGGCACUCGUCGAUGUUCUUGACUGGGAAAACCCUGAUCUCUGGAAGUGGCUGACUAACCAGGAGCAACCCCCAGAAGCUGUGAAAAUGAAUCCGGUUUUCUCCGCUGUGCAGAAGAAAGUCAUGAACAACCUCAAUAGUCACUCUGCCCCUGAGACACGGGCAUUACCCGGGCAGCCAUGGGUGAGAGGGUGGGAUGAUAUCAAGAAAGGCCGAGAUGGCCCCAUCACCGGGAAUCAGUAACUCUGGCUAUAUUUGUGACAUUAGAGGGUUUGGAGUACAUUACAAGUGAUGGGCAAGGAUUUAAAGCUGUGUUAAGUUUGUCAUUAUAAUGCGCACGAUGUAGUCUAUGACAUGAAUAAGGGCAGUGUUUGUAUAAGGACGAAAUAAUUUUUGCCCCUUAUUUCUGUUACGGCGUCUCUUUUCAUUUGUAUAACGGCUGCCUUGAAUCUAUGCUACCUUGCUCAAUGUCCCAAAUGCGGGCUCUAGAAAAUUUGAGUUCUGUAA